AUGUUAACUCGUUCACUUUCAUCUCUAAGUCGAUUCACUCGUCUAGCACUUUUUCGCACUCAUUCGACCACAUCGAGCACGACCACCAAUUUCGGUUAUGAUCAAGUACCCGAAGCAGAAAAACAAGCACGCGUCAAUCAAGUCUUUUCAUCAGUAGCUGAUAAAUAUGAUCUAAUGAACGAUGUCAUGAGCUUUGGUAUUCAUCGUAUAUGGAAAGAUUAUUUCAUUCGAGUCGUUCGUCCUGAUCCUCAAUGGAAUUAUAUCGAUGUUGCCGGUGGAACUGGCGACAUCGCUUUUCGUUACCUCAAAGAUAUCGAUCGAUACCAGCCACCAUCUCAAAUUCCAACCUCCGCAACACCGGAAGCUCCUACACAUACGUACAUGGCAGAAUCUCUAGAGCAGACACGAAUUCGUCCAACAUCGAAAUGUGUAGUUGCCGACAUCAAUCCUCAAAUGCUUGCUGUUGGCAAACAACGCGCAAUUGAUAAUAAUUUUCAUGAUCGUAUUCAAUGGAUUGAAGCGAACGCUGAAGAAUUACCGUUUGAAAAUGAACAGUUCGACGUCUACACGAUUGCAUUCGGUAUACGAAACUGCACACAUAUUGAUCGUGUUGUGUCCGAAGCCUAUCGUGUUUUGAAGAAAGGCGGACGAUUCCUCUGUUUAGAAUUUAGUCAAGUCAAUAAUACUCUGUUGCGAUAUUUUUACGAUCAAUAUUCGAAGACAUUUAUUCCUCCGAUGGGACAAAUCAUUGCUAAUGACUGGAAAUCGUACCAAUAUUUAAUUGAGUCUAUACGUGUUUUUCCUAAACAGACAGAAUUUGCCGAUCUCAUACGUUCAUGUCAAUUUCGAUAUGUAACAUAUGAGAAUUUGUCAUUCGGUGUUGCAGCAAUUCAUUCAGGAUAUAAACUUUAG